AUGCCAGACCCAGAGUGCAUAUUUGUUUUUGAUCUGGAAACCGGGGUUCUGGAAAGUCGCCCCAUCGGGAGAGUGUAUGGGGAAGUGAACUUUUACCAAGACAAGGGGAACGAUGAGAAUAGGAAUCAUUUGGAAGAGAAACUAGCCUUCCUGGAAAAUAAUGCCGCCAGGAUAAUCACCCACAUCCACGCAUCACUCCCCAGUGGUGAAGUGGUUCUCGCUCGCAAAGACUCGGAGGUGCUUCGAAAGUUUGUGUUCUUGAUGCAUUAUCGCAGCAACACGGUCAGCCGCACGUAUUUUCAAGAGGACCACCCGGGCAAUGCCCAAGCCAAAGGUUGGAUUCGUAAUUUCAAGAAGAAACGGAAUUUCACGUCGGAUGCUGAAGUGUGGCUCGACGGCCUCAGUUACUACCUUGAAACACCACACCAUACUAUCCUGGCUCAUUCCAGAGAGAACGAGGAAGCUGGAGGGACGGGGAGCAUAUUAAUAACGAUGAUGGGCGAGACUGAUAUCGACAUGCCACACUAUCAUGCGGAAGCAUACACCAACUUUGUCAACGACUAUUUUCUUGCUGUGUGGGAGGCGGCUGAUGAUUCCGAGUUCAUUUUGGGCCAUAAUGCCUUUGGGCUCUGGGAAGGCACAUUUUUAGGAAUGAAAAAGCUUUUCAAGAUUUACGUCGUUAGUCCCCGAGUGGUGCUCGUUUUCAAGACGAAUAUAAGCCGACACAUGUUCCCGAGCGUAGAGGGGCACAGUACCUUGACGGACAUCCCGAUAGCCAAGCCUGUUCCUCGCUACUUCAGAAGUUUCCCGGCCCCCGGCCAGUUUUCACCAGAAGAUGUCAAGGAAUUCAAAGCAUAUGUAUCCUCCACAGAAGCACAGCAAGAUAGAUUCAUGUUUAAAAUCACGAAGCUCUCUCAAUCCCAAACAUAUCUUAUCAAUCAGAUCGUCUUGCAGAAUGUUCGACAGAAUGGGUCUAUCACCUUCGCUUCGCAUACCUUCAUGUUCCGCACUAUACGUCGGUAUGACACGCCUGAAGGACCGUUCACAAAGGAGAAUAGAAACAGGCUGCGCCCUCUCAUGGCCCAACUUGCGCCAGCCGAAAGGGAUGAUUUUGCAACCUCAACAGACAUCGAAGACGAAGAUUUGGAGAACAUCUCAGUGGAUUCGAGGACGACGUCGCGUGUAACUCAGGCUCCAGUGAAGCUCUUUUGGGAAUCGCAGGCCGAUUUCACACUGCGUGAAACCUACCACCAAGUUAAAAGCGGUACUCUUACCUUCGGAAGUGACUAUGAUCGGGCCAUUUACCUCCUCCCUAUUGUUUCAAAUUCUUCUGAACGCGUCAUUCGCGAAGGGACAGAAAUUGCGAUCAGUCAGUAUUCCCGCAUCCUACAAGUAGCGGACCUGUCGCCAGGUUCCACCCCACCUGAUGCGAAAUUGACGCCUCUUCGCCGUGGAAAACUUGCUUCAUCAUUGGCUCCCCAGCAUUCAUCCCAUUUGUUCAACUUGGUCGAGUUGCCCUCUUUCAGUGAUGUCCCUGAAACUCGUAUGGCAAGAGUUAUCUACCAGGUCAUUGUGGUCGGUCUGUUGAAGUGGAUGGUAGAUAACCACUGUGAUCUCGCAAGAAAGCUAUUUCCCAGCGUCCCGUUCAUCGAGUACGAAAGCGUCGAUGAACUGCGGGGAGUAGAAAUAACAACGCUUGGCGAAAAUGCUGCGUCUCUCGAAAAGCCGGAACCACCACAGGUGAUCGAACGAGGACGCACAGUAUUCGCACCGUCGCCGGAUGAUGGUGUUGUGGAGGGGUACUUAAGACCUCCCUCAACAUCCAUGGCAAAUACCCAGUGGAGUCAUAGCCUCCCCCUAGCUUUUUCAUUGUUCACCAAUGGAGUCUCUCAGAAAGAGGAAGUGAAUCCCACAAAUUCUUUCAUACCUGAUGACACCGUCAAUAACGUCGAAGGGACCUUCCGACUUGGAGCUAAACCAGGUGCCAACUCGAUUCCCUCCUUCGAGGAGGGAGUAUCUCGGGGGCUACCGUUGGCCUCGUCAGCAGCUACGGAAAAUGGGAUUAUUCCACCUCGACCAAAGACGACUCGUUCCACGAACUCUUUGAAAUCGAAAGUUGAUGAAAACGCCGGAAUGAUGUUCAAGGAAUUCUUCCCAGUGACAGGCGAUCAAUCCGCUGACGCCCUCAUUGACGCCACGUUACUCCAGAUCGUGAAGGGGCAAGAUGGCUUCACGAGCAGGUAUGACAGAGCGCUGAGGAUAUUCCAGCUAGCGAGCUCCCAGGAAGACAUGGAGAACCCCGUAGUCCUUACGAUUAGGAACGCCGUACGUUUCAUGGUCGAUCGAAUUUCUAACGUUGUGAUUGCCGUGGACGGCGCUCCCCCAGAUGAACUUCCCGAAGGCCACCUCGCGAAUAAUCUAAGCUUCACAAAAUCAGAGCUCUUGUUCGUCUCUGUCAAGGCCCACCCAUAUUUCUGUCAUUUCCCAAUAAACUUGGGAGAAAUGGAGGGCACUUAUAUUGGCGCCCUUACUCACGACGCAGUGAUUGUUGGCGUCUUGUCCUGGUUGAUAGAAAAGAGGAGCGAUGUAGCAAAGAGAAGGUUCCAUGGUAUGCCAGUAUUCAAGUUCAGCAUCCAGGUCAACCACAACGCCGGAGUGAUGAUCGAAGAAAUUUUCCCAGCGAUAGGCAAUCAAUCCGCUGAGGCCCUCAUUGAUGCCGCAUUACUCCAGAUCAUGGAGGGGAAAGACAGCUUCACGAGCAGGUAUGACAGAGCGCUGAGGAUAUUCCAGCUAGCGAGCUCCCAGGAAGACAUGGAGAACCCCGUAGUCCUUACGAUUAGGAACGCCGUACGUUUCAUGGUCGAUCGAAUUUCUAACGUUGUGAUUGCCGUGGAUGGCGCUCCCCCAGAUGAACUUCCCGAAGGCCACCUCGCGAAUAAUCUAAGCUUCACAAAAUCAGAGCUCUUGUUCGUCUCUGUCAAGGCCCACCCAUAUUUCUGUCAUUUCCCAAUAAACUUGGGAGAAUUGGAGGGCACUUAUGUUGGCGCUCUUAUCCACGACGCAGUGAUUGUUGGCGUCUUGUCUUGGUUGAUAGAAAAGAGGAGCGAUGUAGCAAAGAGAAGGUUCCAUAGCAUGCCAGUAUUCGACUUCAGCGUCCAAGUCAACCACAAGCAAACUUGGGGGCGUCGGUCUUUAACCUGGCUUUUUUGCGCGAUUGGAUUCUACAGCCUAUGCGGGCCUACUGUGAGGGGGUACCUUGCACGUAGCAUACUGAAAAAGUGA